AUGGACGACUUGUGGACGACUGGAAGUAAGCCACACCAAAAAUUUCAUCUUUUGCGUGCUUUGUUCUCACACGUCCACGUCUUCCCCUUCAAGUUACCACAUCGACAACUUGAUCCACGGCUCGUCGUUACAGCACUGAGCGAAUUCGCGCUUUGCUACACUUCUGGGCCACAUCCUUGGAAUCUCGUAAACGAUCUUGAAAAUUUUGUAGGGUAUCGACUACGGACGGGUUUCCUUAUGCAUUCUCUUCGCAAAUACCAAAAGCACAACAAGUCCAUAAAAGAUGCCUCUGCCUCUUCUGCUGCGUUCCCAUAG